AGUAAACGCGGGGAUUUUAGUUCAAGAAGAGACAAGAAUAGCCACGCGUCGUUCGCUCUGGCGAAGGCUAGGUUAGCUGUUGCGUGGCUUACUAUUCUACGAUGCAUCGCAGACCCGAUCGAAAUCAAACAGUACUGUAGACCUACUACGUCUUGUUCUAAACGAAACCCAGUUCCUCUUCCUGAUCCCCGCCUAUUUCCUUUGAAAUGACAGGUGCAAAACGAUCGCUACGUAGUAUGGACUCGUAGACUAGUGCUACUCCCAUCAGUCUCUUGAUCUCUGGAAGUUGUUGUUAAAAUAGCUGAUUUCAACACGAUGGCAAACGAAAAGGUGUGGGUGGCUAUCAUCACCAUAUCGGUAGUCAUCUCUCUUGCUACCCUGGUCACUGUGCCUGUCCUGCGGGAACGCAGGAAUAGCGACAUACAAGAUUAUGGAACACAACAGUACGCUAUUCUAAUUGAUGCCGGCUCCAGUGGCUCACGGCUGAGUGUGUUCACGUGGGAUAGGAAUACAAGGUUGUUGAAGGGAUCUGGUGUCAUCAGCCAAGUUGGCGAGAGUUGCAGCAAUUCUUCAGCUCGUGGCAUAUCUGAAUAUGCAAUACCGGCAGAUGCUGCGCAGUCUCUAGUUGGAUGCUUGAACGAGGCAAUAGAAAUAGUGCCAUCAACUCAUCAUCACUUGACACCGCUGUACCUAGCUGCCACAGCCGGGAUGAGAUUGUUACAGGAGAAAAAUGCCACCCAGGCUGAUGCAAUCUUGGAUGCAAUUUUGGACUUGUUCGACGCCUACCCUUUUCAGCAGGAUGACACCGAUGAAAAGCAUGCACGGAUCAUCACUGGCGUGGAAGAAGGUCUCUUUGGCUGGAUCACUGUCAAUUACCUCCUGGGACUAAUUGAUCCAGAUAAGAAUCCCGAGCCGGUGAGAACUGCUGGCGCCCUGGACCUGGGAGGUGCAUCAACUCAGAUCUCGUUUGUUCCCUAUAACGGCAGCAAUGGAGAGUUUGAGAAUUCCUCGCUGUUCUAUUCCAACGUAACAGCGUACGACCGUAGCUACGUGGCCUACUCUCACAGCUUUCUUUGCUAUGGUCUGAACGAGGCACGGCGUCGCUACCAGGGCAAUCUUGUGCAGGUGGCUAACUACAGCUCGGUGGUAGAGGAUCCGUGUGGUCUGCGCGGUGAUGUGGUGAACGUGACCGGUGAAUUUCUCUGGCUACCACCAUGUAGCAGCGGCCAUGAAGCCAUCACAGCAUGGGGUGAUAUCCUACACAAACCAGACCUAAGCAGAUUGGCUAAGAGUGCCUAUGACAGGGUGAACAUGCUCGGUGCUGCAGAGGACGCUAACUUCCAGCUGCUAGGAACCGGAAACAGCAGUGAGUGCCGUCGACUGGUUGACCAGAUGUUUGACAACACCGAGUGCACCUACCCAUCCUGUUCUUUUAACGGGGCGUAUCAGCCAAGCCUGGCUGACAACGACUUCAUUGCCUUUGCCGGCUACUUUUACCAGGCUGAGCCAAUGAACGUGACCGGCCCCGUGCCACUGGGAAAACUUGUCAACGCCACUGAUAUGGUGUGUAGGAUGACCCUGGAGGAGGUGCUGCAGCUACCCAGUAUAAGAGCAGAGUUUGCCAGUCGUUACUGCUUUGCUUUCAAGUAUGCAGUGUCACUGCUUACGGACGGCUUUGGCUUCUCUCUAGAUGCUGUGAUCGACGUCCGUGAUGAUAUCAAUGGCACCGACACAGGCUGGGCACUCGGCUAUGUUAUCCAUGCGUCCAGCGUUGUUCCUGUAGACUUUGGCCCACAGGCCUUCCUGAGCACUACGUCGUAUGCGUUCUUGCUGGCAGCGUCCGCGUUGCUGAUACUCCUGACCAUCCCGUGCGUUGUGCGGGUGUACCGACGGCGGCGUAUGGCCAAGGCUGGCUUUGUGCGCAUUCCAGGACAGGACCAUUCUCAGUACGUGCCUGUGGCAUGAACAGAACUGUUGCUCUCUACUUCCCAAGGUCCUUGACCUGCGUAUGCUCAUUGUCCUGAUUUUGACUGACAUCUUAUCCCAUUACAAUAGGGUGCUUUACCACCCCCACACCCCACCCCAUAAGUCUUCAUAUUGAAGCGUACUUUGCAAUGUGUAUAAAUUAGGAAGCUGCAACUUAUUUUAUCAGCAGAGCUAGCUGGCUGGCUGCGUCUGAGCGUUAUUACUUGAAGUAUGUGUAUUGAUAUUUUAACUGAUCUCCUCAUUGAGCAGGGGUAUGACUUAUUUGGUGGCAAGCAUGGCUUUUGCUACUGAAAUGCCGGUGUCAACUGAGUGAACCAGUAUUUUAUUAGGCUACAGGUACUCUUCAAAAGCCGUUGUGUUCUUGAGGCAGAUAUUAGCCUGUUUUCUCUUCGUGUCAGGAUCCGUUUGUUACUAUUCCACCUCGGAUUUUAAUGUAUCCAGGGUUUGUUUUUAUUCUUAUUCUUCUGCUUGAGACAUUAUUAUUUUUAACGUAAAGGCUUGGAAUUAUUAUUGCCUUGAGCAGAGAUAUUACAAUAGAUAAGUUAAUCAGAGUGUUGCUUAGCUGACUUUGUUGUGUUCCUUUGCUACAUGUAAGAUUUACAGUGGA